AUGGCUUUAUCUGCUCAUCAAUCGUCUCAAUAUCUUUUCAACGCAUGUGAACAAGGUGAUAUCGAACUGAUACUGAACCAUAUAAAAUCCCUUUCCUCAUCAGAGAUUUGUUCUAUUCGUGAUGAGAACCAAGCAACGCUUGUUCAUUAUGCCUGUCGAUAUGGUUAUUUGAAUCUUUUGAAAUAUUUAUUUGAAUCAAAACAGAUCGAUCCUAGUCAACUACGGACGGAACAUGGUGCAACAUGUGCACACGAUGCUGCUGUUUGUGAUCAAAUUGAUAUUCUGAAAUAUAUCUUCUAUCAAUGCAAACAACUUCAAUGGAAUAUUCGAGAUGAACUCGGCAACACACCCUUACACUUAGCUGCUAGUUACAAUUCUCACAACGUUCUUCAUUAUCUUCUGAAUCAUCAAUAUGCUGAUCCACAUAAUCCAUCAUACAAUGGUUUUCUCGCAAUUCAUUAUGCAUCCGAGCAUGGACAUAACGAAUGCAUUAAACUUUUACUUACGAAAUCUCCUGAUACAGUUAAUCAACAAACAAAUCAGUUGUUAACGCCAAUUUAUCUCGCUUGUCAAAAUGGUUUUCUCGCAACAGUACAAUUGUUGAUUUCUUACGGUGCAAACUUUCAGUUAAAAGAUCAAGAUGGUUCGAAUUGCUUACAUAUAGCUUGUGGAAAUGGACACAUCGAUAUUGUUCAAUGGUUAGUCGAAAAACAAAAUGCCAGUGUUAAUGAAAAUGAUUAUCAUAACUGCACACCGCUUCAUUAUGCAGCUAUGAACGGAAAUGAACAUUUGAUUAGUUAUCUUCUAGAUAAACAAGCCAAAAUUACGUGUGAUAGUCAUGGAAAUACACCGCUGCAUAAAGCUGCGGAAAAUGGUCAUCAGAGUGCAUGUGCGAUCUUAGUUGAAGGUACCUGUUCUUCGGUGAAUUCUAUGAAUAAUCGACAAUUGACUGCGGCAGAUUUAGCAGCGAAUUCAGAUCAUUUAUCAUUGGCGAAUGAACUUCAUCUUCGAGGAAACAGUUCCUUGUUACAGAAAGCGACAAUUGUUCGAUUGGUUAUUAAGAAACGAAAUGUUCAACGUGCAGAUGUUUCGUGUCAAGUCAAUGAAGAUGAUUUUAUUGAUCAAAAAAGUCAUUAUUUAUCAUCGAGAAAAGGCGAAAUCUCGACCACGACGAUCAAUUCUGGAGAUAUUCUUCAUACUCCCCGAUCAAGUGUCGUUGCAAUUGCAAAACUUCAUUCGGAUAUGGAGUAA